AUGGUCUUCAGACGCUAAUUUAAGGAAGCAUGACAUCCACCUGCCAGGUCCUCACAGAGCUGCUCUCAUUUUUAGCUUCAAUAGCCAAUAAAAUGAUCAUCUUCUUGGAUAUUGUAGCUUCCAGAACCUGUAUUUAGACAUAGUUUUAGUGGUAUCUUGAUGACAUUUGGGAGGAAAUGCCUUAUUCUCUGUGCAUGUAGAGAACUCAGUAGCUUUGGUUUGACCUAUUUCUUGCUAUAAGCCUUAUCCUCCAGGAUUUUCUGCUGUGCCGCAUGAUGAUGUCUCUUCCUACUUCUGCAGCUCCUAACAGUGUUUGUUGAGACACAAAUCUUUGUUUCAGAGUAAAUCAGCAUGGUCGAAACAGCUGGACUGUGGAAGUUCAGCUUUUCGGAUUCCUUACACUCACGGACAUAAUCCACAUCUGUUUCAUAAAUUUUGGCUCCUGUCAAGUUUGCAUGAUUGACUGUGGAAAACAGCCACUGUCCAGUCUUCACUGAGCCUGACUGAUCCUCAACACUCCAACCCAACUGCACUUUGGCAAACAAAUAACCAGGAAAAAUCACCGGAAUUGUGCUGUGUUGACCUAAUUCUUCUAUUCUUUCUUACUGCCCAGAUGAAAAAGCCUUAGAUAGUGUGUCGAGUUCUGAGACUAAAAUAACUCAGACACUGGAGGCUCAGACAGAGAGUUUCAGCUCUCUGUCAAUGGGUCAAACAACCCACAGUUUUGAGUUUUCCGAGGUUGUCUCUGAAGCUUCCUCCAUGUCUUUGAGGACGUUUGAGAUUCAGAUGGAGAGUGUAACCUCAGUGGAGACGAGCUCUCACAGCCGCUUUGAUUUGAAACUCUCAGCCAGCCCCCAGCUGCUGAUGGAAAUGAGCGACAUCAGAGUGAAAAGUGGUGAGAUGGCUGAGUUCAGCUGCUCGUUCGAUGGGCAGCCCUUCACUGGAGUGGUAUGGGAUCAUAACGGUCAGAACUUGGUGGACACGGACCGGGUAAGGAGCUCUCAGAGUGGGGGCCUGUUGUCUCUGGUCAUCCACAGUGUCGACAUGGCCGAUCAGGGAAUGUACUGCUGCACAGCCACCAACCAACACGGUCAAAACAGUUCUUCUGCCAGGCUCACAGUUGAAGCUAAAGAAGCAAACCUCAAAGCAGAGACCCCCAUCCCCACCGAUUCUGUUCGUAAAGUGUCUCAACCAGAAAGAGAAAGCUCUAGAGAUCUUUCUGAGCAAGAGAAGCAGGAGUCCAAGACGAAGCUCCAAUCUUUGCCCAAAUCCUCCCAGAGACCGUACCACCUCAUCAGCCAGUUGUAUUUCCCAGAUGUCAUGCCUCAAGAUGAGCGGAGUCAUCGCCUCUCCAACAACCCAGAGUUUCUGAUCAAACUCCCCCCUGAGUUGCUGAUCCAAAACAAAGACAGUAACUCCCUGUACUGCAUUAUGAAGGGCCUUCCCACUUCAUUUGUCAUUUGGCUUUACAACCGUAUGAAUGUCAAGGAUUCUGUUUGGUACUCUCUGAAACAAGACAGCUCUUUUUGCUGUGUAAAUGCUAAUAAUGUGGGAGCCAGACCAGGGGGCUCUCACUAUUUCAAAAAUCUAACCUCAGCUGGGGAUGCUGAGUGCAGCACAGUGAUGAAAGGUUGGCAUUUGCAUGCUUUUGGUCCUUCUGCUCACUCUGACUUUCUGUGGCCCGCACUCAUGCACAUGGUUUUCCACCCGCACAGCCAUCAUGAACACACUUCUUCACAGGGCAAUUUGUCUUCUACGUCUUUAACAAUGUUUAGGCAAGGUCUCUGACUCUGUGUCUUGCAUUUUGACUAAAUCAUUAGUAGAGAUAUGAAGAGGGACAAUCACAAAACCACAAAACUUUACCAAGAAGACAGAUGUGCCACCCACUAAAAAGAACAAAUGGAGGCAUGAAAGAACAGGUCAAAGAAACAAACCAAAUGGAUCAUAUGGCUGCACGACUCUUCACAGUUUCUAACCUCCUUGUGCUUUGAUUUCAGCUAUAAAAAUGUCUUUAACUGUAAACAA